CGUGCGCAGGCGCAGUUCCUCGUUAGGGGUUGUUGCUGUUUGUGGGAUCGUUGGCACACGAGUGGUCCCUGUGGAGGAUGGCACGCUGGGCAGUCGCACAGUGAGGCAUUCACCUCCGUCGCUGGGAGCAGCCCCGCACAGGUACGCGGGAGCAGAGCGGCGAUGGCUGACAAGGUCAGGACGCAGAGGACCAGGGAGCUGGAGUUCGGAGGACUCCUCGGUGCCCUGCUCCUGCCAGUGCUGUUACCCUGCACCGUCCUCCACCUGCUGCUGGCCUGUCGCUCCGAGGAGGCGAGUGUCUUCAGCCUGCCGUCCCCCGUACCAUCCCUGGCUGAGCUCUGGAUCCCGGGCUCCCUCCUGCUGCUGCUGGCCUGGUGCGGGCUACAGGCUGCCCUCUACCUGCUGCCUCUGGGUCAGGUCACAGAAGGCAUGCCUCUCCGAGAUGGCACUAGACUCUCGUAUCGCAUUAAUGGGUUCCAGGCCUUUGCCAUCACCUCUGUCCUAGUUGUGGCUGGAGUGGCGUCCGGGGUCCUGCGGCUGAGCGUCGUCUACGAUGGCUGCCUGGGUCUGGCAGUGGCUGCUGCCAUCUUGUCGUUUGUGCUGGCCCUCCUCUUGUAUGCCCGCUCGCUCUGUGUGCCCGAGUCGGCGCUGGCUCCUGGCGGAAACUCAGGUAAACCAGUCUACGACUUCUUCAUCGGCCACGAGUUGAACCCUCGGAUUGGGAGCUUCGACCUGAAGUACUUUUGCGAGCUGCGGCCCGGCUUGAUCGGUUGGCUGCUCAUUAACCUGGCGAUGCUGCUGAAGGAAUGGGAGCUGCGAGGGAGCCCUUCCCUGGCCAUGAUUCUCGUCAAUGCUUUCCAGCUCCUGUACGUCGUCGACGCCCUCUGGCACGAGGAGGCGGUCCUGACCACCAUGGACAUUGUGAACGAUGGCUUCGGUUUCAUGCUGGCAUUUGGAGACUUGGCGUGGGUCCCGUUUACGUACAGUCUGCAGGCACACUUCCUGGUCGGUCACCCCCAGGAGCUGGCACCGGCCACCGCAGCGGGCAUCAUCCUCCUGAACGCUCUUGGAUAUUUCAUAUUUCGUAGCGCGAACUCUCAGAAGAACACUUUCCGCAGGAACCCUAAUGAUCCGAAAGUGGCGGCACUGGAGACAAUCCCCACGGCAACCGGGAGACAGCUUCUGGUAUCGGGCUGGUGGGGCCUAGUGCGUCAUCCGAACUACCUUGGAGAUCUGAUCAUGGCUCUGGCCUGGUCCCUGCCCUGUGGCUUGGCACACCUUCUCCCGUAUUUCUACGUUAUCUAUUUCACUGUCUUGUUGAUCCACCGCGAGGCCAGGGACGAGCACCAGUGUCGGCGGAAGUAUGGCUCCGCCUGGAACGAGUACUGCAAACGGGUUCCCUACCGCAUCUUCCCGUACGUGUACUGACCGCACGCCGCGUUUGCCGCUUUCUCUGAACACCUGCCUGUGAAUCCACAGACUUAUUCUCCCCCCCCCCCUCCCCCCAAUAACUUCUCCCUCUUCACUUUCCCACCAUCCCUCGGCCCCUCCCACCCACAACCCAUUCCGCCAGCACCGGGUGGCCAUUCUUGAUGCUCGGACCCAAGCGAGUUGCCAGGCCCGGGCGGUCUCGGUCCUUUGGCACCUCGCGACAGAGUCCAACUCCCUGCUCCCGUGUGGUGCCCACCGCCAGCGUUUUCCAAAGGGGCCGCCGGGAGGCUGAUGGGGAAACCGGAGACGAUUUUCCACUGACGGAUCAUCGGAGCAGUUCCGCAGCUUUUGAGUGAGGCCCACCGUUCGAACUCGGUUUGUGCUUUCAGUCGCUCGGUUUGAGUCACGGCUCCGAUCUCGGCGGUGACAAAUCGCCGCGUCUUCGGACGGUGUGGAAAUUUGACUGUCGCCUUCGCUGUCCAGUUACGGAGCCUGGAGGUAAACCUCAGACAGUAGGCUGCUCAUUUCUUUAAAGGGUAAAGCAUUGAAUCAGAAACAAAUACCAAACAUGAUCCUCGGGAAAAGUCAAAUCGUGUCGACAAAGGGUUCACUUGAUCUGAAUUUGCCUUCUGGUCUCAACCGUAAGAAUCGCAGUUGCCGGGGUGACGGUGGCCCUGAUAUAGGAAUGAUAUUAAUAAACUGGUGAGGGCUCAAAGAGGUUUACCGGGACGUUGCUGGGUGUGGCAGGUUUGAGUUAUGAAGAAACUUUUUUUCACUGCAGUGGAGCAGGUUGUGGGGUGACCAACGUAGAGGUUUAUAAACUGGGUAUAGAUAGAGUUAGGAGAAAGUGAGGACCGCAGAUGCUGGAGAUCAGAGCUGAAAAUGUGUUGCUGGAAAAGCGCAGCAGGUCAGGCAGCAUCUAAGGAGCAGGAGAAUCGACGUUUCGGGCAUAAGCCCUU